AUGGAGUUGCAGGAGAAUGAUGGAGAAGAAGGUUCAAGUUAUCCCUCACAGCAAUUGUUGGACUUGGACAAAGGAAUUGGUGAUGGCAGCAGCUCGAAAAGCCUCGGAGGUUUCAGAACAUUGCCGUUCAUCUUUGCUACUGAAAUUGGGGAGAGAUUCUCCUACAUCGGCUUCCAUUCCAACUUGAUCACUUACCUGACUCAGCAGCUCAACCUGCCGCUCGUCUCCGCUUCCAACAUCAUCACCAAUUUCAACGGUACCACAAACUUCACCCCCUUGAUCGGAGCUCUGAUCGCCGACUCUUUCGCCGGGAAUUUCUGGACGCUCAUCGUCGGCAUCCUCAUCUUCCAGCUGGGCAUGAUCAGCGUAACCACAACCGCAGUAGUGAAGUCACUCCAUCCUCCACCAUGUCCAAGUCAGGUCGAGUGCAAACAACCUUCGGUGACGCAAAUGGGUUCCCUAUACUUUUCCCUCUUUCUGAUAGCUUGCGGGCUGGGCGGGAUUAGGCCUUGUGUGGUGACUUUUGCAGCGGAUCAACUGGACAUGAAGAAGAAACCAGGAUCGCCUCGAGAAGAUAAGAGCACUAGCUGGAACUUGUUCAAUUGGUACUAUAUCAUGGAUGGGCUUGCAAGAUUGGCUGCGUUUACAGUCGUGGUUUACGUUCAGGACAACAUUGGUUGGGGUUGGGGUCUUGGGUUGCCCACUAUCGCCAUGGCUGUCUCAAUUGGGAUCUUCUUCUUCGGCUCCCCUUGGUAUAACAGAGUGAAACCAAAGGGGAGCCCCAUGAUCAGAUUGGCUCAGGUGAUUGUUGCAGCUGUAAAGAAGAGAACUUUUGAUGUCCCCAACAACUCUGAGCUUCUGUACCGUAACGACGAGCUGGAUGCUGCUAUAUCCGUACACGGAAGGCUCUUGCACACCAGUCAGUUCAAGUGGCUGGAUAAGGCGGCGACAGUGAAACCAGGGGAGCUUUCAAAUGGCAACCCACCAAAUCCAUGGAAGCUAGCUACGGUCCACCGAGUCGAAGAGCUGAAAGCAUUCAUCAGAAUCCUCCCCAUAUGGGCAGCCUCCAUUUUACUCGUGAUGGCCACUUCACACAAUCACAGCUUCCUUAUCCAACAAGGUCGAACCAUGGACCGACACCUUUGGUCCUCCUUCCAAAUCCCACCGGCCAGCUUGUCCGUCUUCAGCAUCUUCACAUUAGUAAUCGGCCUCAUCGCCUACGAGCGUCUCUUCGUCCCGAUCAUCAAACACUUCACAGGGAACCCUUCAGGCCUCACAGCACUACAGAGACUAGGGGUAGGCCUUUGCUUCCACAUUCUGCAAACUGCAGUAUCAGCAUUGGUUGAAAUCAAGAGGAAAGCUGUGGCGGCAGAGUACGGGCUGUUAGAUCAUCCGGAAGCUACGAUACCCAUGACCGUGUUCUGGCUUGUUCCCCAGCUUUCACUGCAGGGAGUUGCUGAAGUGUUUACAAAUGUGGGGCAGUUGGAGUUCAUGUACGAACAGGCGCCGGAGAGCAUGAAGAGCAUAGCUGUAGGGUUGAACUGGAUAGGAAGCUCCGUGGGCGACUAUUUGGGUUCGACUCUAGUGCUGUUGGUUCAUAAGUACAGUGGUGAAGAACACAAUUGGUUGCCUGAUAGGAAUCUCAAUAGAGGGAGACUGGAUUACUAUUACUGGCUCAUCUCUGCUAUCCAAGUUGGGAAUCUCGUCUACUUUUCUAUCUGUGCUGCUUCCUUUACAAGUAAUCCAGCGGCUAAAGCUGCAGAUGAAGAUGGUGACAGAACUAGGGAUGAACAACUUGUGACACAUUUGGCGUGA